CUCCGGCAGGUUUCAGAGUCUGGCGUUGAGGAGACGCGGAGAGGGUCGGUUGCUCUGCUGAAGGCGCUGCGUUUGGGCCUCUCUCCCCCGUCCUCCUCGCUCACCCCAGACACCCGGUCCGCCCGUCCCGUCCCGUCCCGUCCCCUUAUCCCCCGCCAGACACAUGGCGAGGUCUCUCUCGCUGUCGGUGGUGCUGCUUAGCUACGUUGGCUGGUGCCAGGCUGUGCAAGGGUGUGGGAAGCCGCGCCCUGCGGACAGGAUAGUGGGGGGCGCUCCAGCACAGCGGGGCGAGUGGCCCUGGCAGGUCAGUAUUCACGAGGGCUCGCAGCACGUGUGUGGAGGCUCGCUCAUCUCGGCCAGCUGGGUCAUCUCAGCCGCUCACUGCUUCGAAACAACCUCGUCCGAUCUCACCGUCUUUUUGGGCCGGCACCAGCAGUCGUGGCCCAACCGGGGGGAACAAGCUCGCCGCAUCAAGCAGAUUCUGACGCACUACGCCUACCGGGACGCCCCAGAGGGAGACGACAUUGCCUUAGUCGAGCUGCUGUCGCCGGUGCAGUUCACUGACUACAUCCAACCCGUCUGCCUCCCGGCGGCCACUUACCGGUUCGCCUGCGACCGGUUGUGUUGGGUCACUGGUUGGGGGCAGGUGGCCCAGGACGUCAAUCUCCAGUCCCCGGGGACACUACAGGAGCUGCAAGUGCCGCUGAUAGGGUCACGGAAGUGUACGGAGCUGUACAACGUGGGCGCGAGCCCUGAGGUUAAACCUGUGGUCAUUAAACCGAGCAUGUUGUGUGCCGGCUACCCGCAGGGCAUCAAGGAUUCCUGUCAGGGGGACUCUGGAGGCCCGCUGGUGUGCGAGAGGAACGGGACCUGGGUGCUGGCGGGGAUCGUGAGCUGGGGAGAGGGAUGUGCCAGGCCGAACCGCCCCGGGGUCUACACGCAGGUCACCAGCUUCCAGGGCUGGAUCCAGGCGCGCGUCGGGGGCCUGGAGUUUGUGCCGGGCCCGGAGAACGCGCCCCGUUCGGUGACGUGCGGGCAGGACACGCUGUGGGCGGGAGCCAGUUUACUGGGGAGUCUCCUCUCGCUGUUCCUCUGCUGUUUUUUGCUCAACCAGUGAUGGAGGGAACGAGAGAGAGAGAGCGAGAGAGAGAGACCCUCUCAAUUAUUGGUGACUUUGACAAGAACUAUCUCUCUCUCGUCUCACUAUCCCACCCCCCACCCCCUCUCUCUCUCUC